GUGUGACCUAAUGGUUACUAGGAUGCUCACUCUUGACUCAUGUGGUGCACACUGGCAGCAGAGGACCAGGACCCUGGAGAGUAUCAGAGGAAGGCUCCUAGUGAAUCAAAUCUUCGCUUCCACGUGAAUGGGCUGUUCAUCCUUGAUUCUGAGCUGGGAGUCAACUCCAACAUGGGGCUUCUGAAGAAAAAGUUUGAGUUGCUCUUGUGUUUUCAUCAAAUUUCUGCAUGCCUGCCGACGGGUAACCAAGACUGAAUAGUUGCUCAUCAAGAGGGGCAUGUGGUGACAUGGAGCCUGAAAUAAACUGCUCUGAAUUUUGUGAUGGUUUUCCUGGCCAGGAAUUGGAUCGGAGACCUCUCCCGGAUCUUUGCAGGACGACAGUUACCUCUUCCCACGGUAGUCAGACCAUCUCUUCAUUGUCUCCUGUCCUCGUGGGUGUUGUUUGGACUUUUCUCAGCUGUGGACUUCUUCUAGUGCUCUUCUUUCUUGCCUUCACAAUUCGCUGCAGGAAGAACAGGAUUGUGAAGAUGUCCAGUCCCAACCUGAACAUUGUGACCUUACUGGGCAGUUGUCUGACUUACAGUAGUGCUUACCUUUUUGGGAUUCAAGAUCAAGAUGUUUCAGUAGGAAGAUCAAUGGAAACUCUUAUUCAGAUACGACUGUCCAUGCUGUGUAUUGGGACCUCCCUUGUAUUUGGCCCUAUUCUGGGGAAGAGCUGGCGACUCUACAAGGUGUUUACGCAGAGGGUCCCAGACAAGAGAGUGAUUAUUAAAGACCUGCAGCUUCUGGGGUUCGUAGCAACACUGGUGAUGGCUGAUGUGAUCCUGCUCGUGACAUGGGUGCUAACUGAUCCCAUCCGGUGCCUCCACAUCCUUGGCGUCAGUAUGACGGUGACUGGGAGAGACGUGUCCUGCUCUCUGACCAGCACACACUUCUGUGCUUCCCUGUACGCCGAUGUCUGGAUUACUCUUGUUUUGGGAUGCAAGGGCCUGCUCCUGCUGUAUGGGGCCUACCUGGCUGGCUUGACUGACCACGUCAGCUCUCCUCCUGUGAAUCAGUCCUUAACCAUCGUGGUUGGGGUCAACCUUGUGCUGCUGGCUGCUGGGCUUCUCUUUGUGGUCACCAGAUACUUGCACUCCUGGUCCAACCUGGUUUUUGGACUCACAUCUGGAGGCAUCUUUGUUUGUACAACCACAAUCAACUGCUUCAUCUUCAUUCCCCAGCUGAAGCAAUGGAAGACAUUUGAAGAGGAAAACCAAACAAUCAGAUGCAUGGCCAAAUAUUUCAGCACACCCAGCAAAAGCUUCCAUACCCAGUUUGGUGAGGAACAGAGCUGCCACCUGAGAGGAGAGAGAAACUCCAUGGAAAGGCUCCUCACAGAAAAAAAUGCUGUGAUUGAAAGCCUGCAGGAACAGGUAAACAAUGCCAAAGAGAAGCUGAUGAGGCUGAUGUCAGCUGAAUGCACCUGUGAUCCCCCAGAGUUGGCUGUGCCACCUGCCCCUUCCCAGAGCCCGGGUGUGCAGGCUGCAGCCCCUGCCCGCGGCAUGGCAGCUCAAGGGCCUUUGGAAUGCCUCUCUGACUCUCCGAAUGAUGCCAGCCCGGCCGCCCAGGGCUCUCAGAGCACCUCAGUGCCCUCCUCGAGUAUACAUAGCCUUGAGGGGCCUGGAAAGGUCCCCAGCCCCUCACUAGGACAGAAGAAGAUAUCUGACUUGAAAAACUUUUCUGAUCAUUUAAACUCGGGCUGUAGCCAGAAGCCACAGACUGGGCAAAGCAGAGGUCCUGAAGGAGAAAACCAGGUCCCCGUGGCGCCCAGCCAGGGUCUCAUACCAAGUGGAGGAGUCUCUGUUCUCCCAAGACAGAGGCAGCAGGACGACUCAGAGACGCCCAAAGAGCAGCUGCCAAGGGUCAGUUCAGUGAUCAGAGAGAAGCUUCAGGAAGUCUUACAAGAUCUGAGCCUGAGCCCUGAGGCUCUGCUCCCCUCUUCCCCGUCUUGUCCCCAGCAGCCCUGGAAGAGCAGUGGUCCCCGCAGCCCCCGGAAGAUGCCGUUAUCCAAGGGACUGGGCUUCAGCCCAUAUAUGGUGAGGAGAAGACGAGCAGCUCACCAGGCUCUCUCACACUCUCCGGGCUCUGUACCCUCCUAUGUUGGGCGUCAGGCAAACAGGACUGUUUUGGGGGCACACAGUGGGCUGGAUGUGCAGAAUGGGGUCAGCCCCAGCCUGGACCCCCAAACAGCUGGUUCGAGGGUACCAAGGCCCUUUCCCAGGAAGCCUUUACUUCUCCCAGAUCCUCAUGGUAGACCAGGUACCCUGAAGGACAGCAAACCAUGUCAGACAGAACCCCAGGGAGCUGGAGGGGGUGAUACGGCCUUGCCUCAUCAGAUUUCUGGUUCUGACCAGACAAAAGGUCCUGCUCCCCCAUGCCUAUCCAGAGCCCCACCAGACCUUCCUGUGCAGCAGCAGCAGCUACGUCAUCCCAGGUCCCCAGGCUCUCCCUCCCUGUCUUCUCCAUGCAGCUACCUUGACACUGAGUCCAGCAGCUCUGAUGAGUUGUUCUGCCGCUGCCACCGGCCCUACUGUGAAAUCUGCUUCCAGAGCUCCUCCGACUCCAGUGACAGUGGCACAUCAGACACCGACCCAGAGCCUGCUGCGGGGCUGGCUUCCUGGGAAAAACUGUGGGCCCACCCAAAGCCUAUUGUGAACUUCAAAGAUGACUUGAAACCCACACUGGUGUGAAAAAUAGCAGAGCUAACCUGGACGUAGAGAUCAGUCCAACACAAGCCAUACCACGGCAUAAGGGAGGAGGGCCGGUUUCUGGCCUUUGAGGGGAACCUCCAUUUGACCAGCCCUCACCAUGUUUCCACAGUGC